AUGGCGACUGCGCUGAAGCUUGGCUACAGCGACGCAGUGGAUAACAGGAUUAUGGUCAACAGCGAUGCCGGAAGGAGGCGCCCUCGGCACCUUUUUGUGACGACCCCAGUUCUGGGUUACGGCAUCCAAGACUCGUUGUUCCUCACGUGCCCAUUUAUUGGACAAAGUGACGGCUUCGACGGGCUGCAAUUGUAA